AGAAGAAUAGAUAUUUCCCUUCAAUUCCCAAACACAAAGCUAAGCAUCAAAAAUACAAAAAAUUGUGCUAAUUUUUGCUUCUUAGGGAGACGGAGAAAUAGCGAAACUCUGGAUUCCACCUCUUCCCGUCCUCGGCGACGGUGCUUAUGCCACUUGGUUUUAAGAUUGCACCGGGCUUGGAUUUAAAAGGAUUUAGUUUCCUUUUCAAGACAUGGAACAAGUGUGCUUCUGGUCAAAUUGCUACCUUUUCCGGAUGUUUUCAUUCCAAGAAGUACUUGACUGGCGGUUUAUCAUCCAUGGAGAUUUUCUCUUGGUUUCAUUUGUCAAUUGCACUUAGUGCCCAGUCUCUUUUUAAUACCCAAAGCAGGAAGCGUAAUGCAAGUUUUUUCAGCGAUAGGUGUUAGAUCGCACUUCUGCAAUGCUUUGCUGAUACAACAUUUGGUCAAAGAUUUUGCGAAAACACCUUCCAGGGCUGAGCUCUCACAGUAGACAUUUAGAAGUUGCUUACUAAGCAUUAGCUGGUGUAGUACUUGAUUAAUUUUCUAUUGUUGCUCCUGAUUAGUGAUGUGAUGGUGGUUUACCUACAAGAGUUUGUUCUUAGUAUAUACGUUAAUUGCAAUUAAGCUUCUGAAUUGGGCAAAGAGCACCUUGAGCUUGGCAUCCUUUAUGUUGGCUGAAGCAACCAUUCUGGUUGGUUCAAAUCAGUAUGUUUUGUGGAGCUCAUGUAUAACUUCUGUUGAUGCAUUAUUUUCAUCUUGAAGCUGUGGGUUUAGUACCAAACUAUGCUGUGAGGCCCAUCCACCUUAAAACCUCUGGUGGAUUUAGUUGAUCUGCUACGCAUUUCUUUUCUAUAAUGUUCUAUAGUUUGAUUUAAUACAAGCAAUCUUCUACUGAAGAUAAAUGUCACAUGGGUAUUGUUGGUUCUCAUACCUCUCUUGAAUAAAGAAAGAGCUACUCUUUGUUCUGCUAGGCAAUGGAGAGGUACAAAUUAAUUAAGGAAGUUGGUGAUGGAACAUUUGGUACUGUUUGGCGAGCUAUUAAUAGGCUCUCUGGUGAAGUUGUUGCAAUUAAGAAAAUGAAGAAGAAAUAUUACUCAUGGGAAGAGUGUGUGAAUCUGAGAGAAGUUAAGUCACUGCGGAGAAUGAAUCAUCCCAAUAUUGUGAAGCUUAAGGAGGUCAUUAGGGAAAAUGACAUUCUAUACUUUGUGUUUGAAUAUAUGGAAUGCAACCUAUACCAACUUAUGAAAGACAGGGAAAAGCUUUUUUCAGAAGUUGACAUUAGAAAUUGGUGCUUCCAAGUCUUUCAAGGUCUUGCAUACAUGCACCAGCGUGGUUAUUUUCAUCGUGACCUAAAGCCUGAGAAUUUGUUGGUUACUAAAGAUAUAAUCAAAAUAGCUGAUUUUGGUCUUGCUCGUGAAAUAAGCUCACGUCCACCGUACACCGAGUAUGUCUCAACACGCUGGUAUCGUGCCCCUGAAGUACUUCUUCAAUCAUACCUAUACACUUCAAAAGUUGAUAUGUGGGCGAUGGGUGCAAUCAUGGCUGAGUUGUUCACCUUACAUCCUCUUUUUCCUGGCACAAGUGAAGCAGAUGAAAUUUACAAAAUUUGCAGUGUAGUAGGCACUCCAACUGAAGAUUCAUGGCCAGAUGGGCUUAAUCUUGCAAGAACUAUAAACUACCAGUUCCCGCAGUUCGAUGGGACACAUCUGUCUGUGUUGAUUCCAUCAGCAAGUCAUGAUGCAAUAAACCUUAUUACAUCUCUCUGUUCGUUGGAUCCUUGCAGAAGGCCAACUGCUGCUGAGGCCCUUCAACAUCCUUUCUUUCAGAGUUGCCUUUAUGUUCCACCCUCUCUACGUCCUAGAGCAGCUGUUUCUAGAACUCCUCCACCUGUUGGGGUGAGACAAAAAUUGGAGCAGCAAUCAGCUAGGAGGUUUUCUGGGGUUCUACCGAAUGCAGGGCUCACUGGCAAUCUUUCUCUGAAGUCAAAUGCAUCUAUGGGCACAAUCACAGGUGUGCAACGCAAGCUGGAGAUGGUUAAUCAGAGUGAUCAUAAAUCCUUGAAGAACACUGUGAAACAAACAAGGUAUCGACCACCUGGAAGAAAGAGUCCAAUGUCCAUCGGCAAGCAUAGAACUACUGUUGGAGCUUCGGAUGUAGUGGAGAAGUUGGCAAAUGUGACCAUUGUAAAUCGCAGGCAAAGGCCAGCAGCAAUGAAAGCUGGGGUACAGUGGACUGCGCAAUCUAAGAAUGACAUGUUUCUUAGACCAACCCAACAGAUACAGUCUGGAGGAAGUUUUACCAGAAAAGUAGUGGGGUGAGAUGGGUGGUGGCCCAGCAUCUUGGUUUAUUGUUAUGUAUGUGUAAUCGGAGUCCAAAUAAUUUUCUUUUAUGGAAAUGAACGCUGUUUGAGUGCUUUCGUGGUAAUAUAAUACUUGGUUUUCUGUUUCGGUUAUGAAA